GAGAGAAACAGGGACUAGCUCCUUGCUCAAAAGCUCAAAUAAGCAACCAGCUUACAUUAUAAAUUGGACCAGGGAGCUUUUUUCCUCAACACAAGCAGCCAGAAAUCCCUUAGGUGGCAACUCUGCCUUUCAGCGAUACAGAGUCAAGAUAAUUUACUGGCAGCACCGUCGUCAAUCCCAAUGUUUUAGCUUCUAAUAACCGGAAAAAGAACUUCUCGGAUGGCUUUGCCCUGCCAGAAAAGCAUGGAGUUUCUCCCUGAAUCACCUUUCAAGAGACACCAGCUGUGGAUGGUGCAGGUUUUAUUUUGGGCCUAAAAGAAGAGAAGAUAACGGUGGUUGGUUUUUCCAGAAAAGCUCAUUAGAAUUCUUCUUCUUCUUCUUCUUUUUUUUUAAAGAAACCUGAAAGGUGAGGUUUUCUUUUCUACUUGCUUUAUUUAUAAUUGAUCCUUAAAACAGGCAGAGCAAGUCCCAAUAUUCCUUCCAGUCUAAAGAUCAAACUCCUGGAAGAGGAAAACCAUUAGCAGCAACAUCUUAUUUGGUAUCGUAAGAAAGAUGAGUAGGAAAGAGACAGUAAUCCUGCAAUAACAAGGAAAAUCCUUUUGCAGAUAGACGUUUCUAUAUUGGCUUAUAGAAGAUGACACACUUCAGCUUGUGUGAAAUCCACUUCGUUUUUUGCGACACGGACAACUUACAUUCCUUUUAUCAGCCAACUUUGGAAGUGCAUGUUUAUGAACGUUUACGAACCGAGGGCAUAGCUCGUAACCAAUGAAACUCAUUAUUUGUUACACCAUCCAGGAAGUGAGAUGCAGGGUUUUAGUCCUUUGGUAUCAUCCGUGGAUGGCUUUGUUUGUGUGGAUUGCUGAAUGCAACGCGUCUUUGUGUCUUUGCAAGGUGUGUUUCUGGAGUUCAGCAAACAGUGAGAUUUCUGCUUUCUGGACCUGGAAGGUUUUUUUUAAACCAGGAAGCAGAGGGUUGGGUGUUGUGUUUUUUUUUUAAAGAAAGAAAUAAGGCCAACCAGCUAUGAAAAAAGACUUGUGGCCACACCCAAGAAUUAAUGCUAUCAGAAUCAGUUUCUCCACCUAUACUGUUCUUAAGAAAGAAAAGAAUUGGCAACGCAUCAGAUCUAUUCUGUCCUUGCAGCCAAUUAUAGCAGGUUCCUGACAGCAUAAAAUGCGGCAGGAACAUUUUCAUCCACGCUUUGGACAAAAAGCUCAAAGGUCAUCUUAAGAAGAGGCCAUCCAACAGUCCAGGUAUGAAUUGGCACCAGAGCACCACCGUUCAACUGAGCGGGCUGAUCGUCUCCCUCUUCGGUUGGGUCUUGUCAUGCGUUACGACUUACGUGCCUCUCUGGAAGAGCCUCAACUUGGAGUUAAACGACCUUGAGAUCUGGAACAUGGGGCUUUGGCAGACCUGUAUCAGUCAAGUGGUCCUGCAGUGUGAAAACUACGCGUCCCUCCUGGCCCUGCCUUUGGAGAUCAAGGUUUCCAGGGUUCUGAUGGUCACUUCCAACGGACUGGGCUUCCUGGCCUUCUCUUUGGCUCUUCUGGGAUCAAACUGCCUGAAGACAGGUGACCCAAGACAGAAGAGAUACUUGGGGAUUACAGGCGGCAUUCUCUUCUGUAUUUCUGGAAUGACAACUCUUGUUCCCAUCUCCUGGGUCGCCUACAACACGGUGCAAGACUUUUGGGAUCCAACCCUACCAGAUGUCGUCCCAAGGUGGGAAUUUGGUGAAGCCCUUUUCCUGGGCUGGUUUGCUGCAUUUUUCCUCCUGUUGGGUGGCUGCCUUGUAAUCGGUGCUGCCUGUUUCCUAAAGGCCCCGAAGGCACCCAAGAGGCUGGCAAUCCACCACAAAGCGGAGAUAGCCACGCUCGCCAUCCAGCAUCCACAUCCGUCCCCUAAAAAUGCAGACCUUGUCAUCUGACGCACUUCCCCCGAGCACCUGGAUCCCGCCUGGAAUGGGACAAUGGUUUGACGUGUGGAACAUUUAAAGAGUUAGAGUUUAGAUUUCUGCAAAGGAUGGCUUGGGAAAUAACACUGACAAGGGACAACCCAGCAUCCUGUUGUGUAGCUUGUUCUCCAUUAAGUGCAAAUUAGAAAUGUAUUAUUGAGUAUGUCCUAUUCAAGGGUCCAUGAGGGUCCUGAAUCUACUCUUAUGCAGAAGACGAUGCUUUCUCCCCUCCCUGCCCCCACCUUUAAUCUUUUGGAGAAGCAUGACGUAAAAAAGACCCCGGCUGAAUGAUGGAAGGAAUGUCAGUCAAGGAGGAUAGAAUGUCUGCAAAAUAAAGGUCCGUUCAAGAAGCAUUGUUAGGCUUUAAAAAGCAAUUAAGCGCUUACAAGAAAUUGGAACUCUCUUACUUGGCAUAAGAGACAGAUCAGGAAUCUUGGGCAGAGACUCUGGGAUACUCGGAUAAUCGUUUCAGAAGGGGGUAGAAGAAAGUAAUCCGCAAGCCAAGCCACUAGGUGGGCUUCCACGGAGGAAUUCAGGAGCCAGCCUUGUUUUGUUCAGCCAACUGUCCUUUCGAAUAGCUUUAGCAUUUGAGGCCUUCUUAAGGCAACAUCUCCUCAGCAGGGGACACAACAGCUGGAUUGUUGCGCCACCAUUUUUGAUAGAAAGGUCACGUCGGAAGAGUUUCCAACUUCAAAACAGUUCUAGAGUCAACCUUCUGCAAUCGGAGGCAUGCGCUGGCAGACCGCCAGCUUCUUUGGGGAUCGCAGCCAGAGGUGAUGGAGCAAUUUAUUUAUUCCCCGAAUCUAAGGAAAUUAAAGGGGUUGUUGGUUUUU